AUGGGAAGCACAAUAAGCAUUGAAACCCAACAGUCAAAUCUGGAUGAAUUGCUUUCACUCAGUCCGUCUACCUUCACAAAGCUUGGCAACGAGGCUUUGCUUACUGAUUUUUCACAUCAUUUAAGGAUAUGGCGGUUCCAAGAGGAUCCACAUAAUCCAGACCUUAUAAAAUCACAGCCUCUAAGCUUGAGCACAGCCCAGACAUUUAAAAGCCAAGAAUGCUAUUUAGUGCUGCUUAUAAGCCACAGUGGCAAAGACUAUUCUUUUGAAGACCACCCUGGAUCUAUUAUUAAUAUUAUUGAAAGCAUCACAAAUUUAACCCCAAGAGGCCUUGAAAACGUGUUUUCAACAGACGAUUCUGCUAUGAGUUCACUUUUGUUGUCCAAAAAUGAAAUAAAUGAGGCUCUGCAUUAUGCAUUAUUUGUGUGGAAUGGAAAAAGAGCAAAUCCACUGCUCAAAGCAUUUGCGCUGACUAAAGGUUUUGAGCUGGAAAAUCAGGUAUCGAAAGGAGGGGCCAAGAUGCUGAAAUCACUAUUUAAUGGAAGCGUUAUUAAAGGGAAAAAAAUCCAGCAGGGGUCAGUCAUGUCUUUGAAUUCUGCAUAUGAAAACGAAGCAUUAAGACCAGAAAACUCAGAAUCCUUUGAAGUCAUACGAAAAUGGCUGAGCCCAGAACAGCCAAAUCCUAGCUUUCUUGCAAAGCCUCUAUUUCCUAAAUUUAGGGAGCAUUUUUUAAUAGGUCCAGGUGAGCCUUACUUUGUAGCCUGUCAAGAAAACACCCCGCCUCCUGCUCUGCCUAAAAUAAGCUUACCUAAGCUAGAUAUGAAGCCUGAUUUAAAGCCAAAACUUGGCAUACCAAUUCCAGGUCUUAAUAUAAAAAAAGAUGAAGAAAGCAAGCCAAAAUAUGACACUAACUCCCCCCCCCCUCCGUGAGCGAACAAAACCAUUAGAAAAAUCGCCAUUUUUUGACCAAAAACCCACCCUCCGUGAGUGAACAAAAAUUUUUUUAAUAGAAAAAAUUUUAAUGGAAAAAAAUUUUGAUAUAUAAGUGAUAAUUAGUAUAAUGAAAUCUAGAGCUAAUUCUGUUUAAAUUUUAAACAAAUUGCGUUUUUAAAACAUAAAUUUUGCAAAUUAAAUUAAUAUUUGCUUCCCAAUUUUUGCAAAUUAGGAUUUUUUUUAAAUUUCGAAAAAAAUAUAUUUUUUUAUAAAAUUUAUAUAUAAAAUUUUUUUUAAAAAAAAAAUUAACCCCCCCUCCGUGAGCGAACAAAAUUUUUUUGUUCGCUCACGGAGGGGGGGGGGGGAGUAAAGAAGAAAUUGACGAGCUUGAAAACAACCAUUACUUAUCUGAAAAAGAGAAAAAACAAAUAAAAUUGGACUUCUAUGAUAAAAUUUGCUCAGAAUUAGAUGAUGGGCUAUACGUAGGAAGUGAUAGAGUUGCAAGAGAUUUAAAUUUGCUAAAGGCGAACGGGAUCACCCAUAUUAUCAAUUGUGCAGGAAAUGUAUGCAAAAAUUACUACCCAGACGAUUUUGCGUAUUUAACCUUUUUUUUAAAAGACUCCAAAACUGAACCUAUUGAAUCCGUGUUUUACCCCACGAUAGAAUUCAUUGAUAAUGCUUUGCAGUCUGGUGGAAAAGUCUACGUCCAUUGUAUGCAAGGGGUAUCAAGAUCUGUAAGUGUAUGUCUUGCUUAUAUAAUUUUUAAAAGAAAAAGACCUUAUGAUUUGGUAAUAAAAGAAGCUAAACAGAAGAGAGGAGUUUGCAGUCCUAAUGUAAGCUUUGAAAUACAGCUAAUGUGGUGGCAUAAAAGACUAUUUGAAAACUUCGACUCGCUUUCUAUUAGCCCAAGAGUUUUCGCAAUCUGCUCACACGAAAUUGAGCAGCCAAGGAGAAUAGUCGCGAGGCUUUUGAUGCAAAAUCUUUACAGAGGCCCUGAUAAAGAAGUUUUAGAUUCAAGAGGUGUUUUUAUUAUUCAGACAGAAAACGUUACUUAUUUGUGGAUCGGCAAAGAAUUACCAAGCUGCAAUAGAAAUGCCUAUUUAGAAGUCGCAGAAAAGCACAUAUGGAAUCUUAGACAAUAUGAAAAAGCUAAAGAGCAUAUAGAAGUCUAUGAAGGAGAAGAACCAGACUAUUUCUGGGCAUCAUGGAAAUGUCCUCGCCCAGCUGUCACAUCAGGGAAGAAUCCAAGCAUGAAUAAUUGGUAUUUUUCUUUAGAUACUGCUGUUGACAUGGAGCCUCAAACACAGGAAGAAGAAAUAAUUGAAGAGCCGCUAGAAAACAAGCCGAAAGCUUACGUGUACCCUGAGUUGAGAGGAAUGACAGUUCUUGAUGAGGUUGAGCUUAAUGAAGAUGAAAUGGUUUGCUUGUGCACUGAUGAAAAGUGCUAUUUGUGGAGAGGAGAGCUCUGUGAGGUUGAGGAAGAAGAGGAAGAACAGUUUGUGAGGGAUGCGUGUAUUAAUUAUUAUGGGUUUGCUGGAGCAAUUGUGGUAAGGGAGCAGGAAGGCUUAGAAAGUCCUGAAUUUAAUAGUUAUUUCUAG